AUGGCCCCCACCAAAGCAUCCACCUCCCUCCCCCUCCUCUACCGCCUCACCCUCCUCUACAUCGAGCCCCUCUUCGCCCUCAACGGCGCGCUCAUGACCUUCCGCGACCCCUCGGGCUUCGCCACCUCCAUCACGCACAACCCAACCCUCUACACCCCCGCCAACCAGUUCCUGUACACCCAGCUCGGCGGGGCGUGGCUGCUAUUCGCGUUCAACGAGGCCGUGCUGCUGCGGCUGGUGGAUGACCUGCGGGUAUGGAGGUUGUUGUGCUGGGGGAUGCUGGUGAGCGAUGUGGUGUAUCAUGUUAGUUCGGUGCAGGCGGUGGGCGGGUGGGAGAGGUUUGUGAGUUGGGGGCUGUGGAAUGGGUUUGAUUGGGCCGUGUUUGCUUCGGCUGUGGUGCCGAUGGUCGUGAGGGUGUGUGUGGUUUUGGGGGUGGGGGUUAAGGAGGGGGGGAAGAGGCGGAGGGAGUAG